GAUGAUUUCAUGAUGAGUGUUGUUGUGCCGUGCGCCGGCCGUGCAGAAAGGGCAAGGAUCAAGCAGAAUUUUCAGAUGCACUGCAAGCGUCGAGACCCGCUUCGGCCCCCUGAUGCCUCAGAGAACCUGGCUGAGUACAACAGGAUGGAGGAUCUCAUCUCGAAGAUGGAGGCGGCGGCGAAGUUGAAGGAGGCACACAGCCGCCGGCGAAGUUCUGGGGAUGACUUGAAGUCGCAGGUGACUGCAUCCUUCCAGUGUGCUGGCAUCAAGUUUGAAGGCGACGCCCUGUCCGAAUUCAUGGCGUUCGAUCCCAUCUUCGAGCAGCUCUCUCUGAUGUACUGUGUGACAAUAGCAGAGGGUGGGGACAGAAGAGCCGUCAUGGAGACGAGCUGGAACAGCGUCCGCAGGAACAUGUUGAGGAAAGCGCUGUUGGAAGAGUUGUAUCCGACGAUGUGGGCGGAAGUGAAGGACCACCUGGCCAGGACGGCCAGUGCCGUGGUUUGCCGGGACGUCCGAGAAAGGCUCACGAAGAUGGUGGACAUCAAGCCUCCUCCGGACACAGACAAGAAGCUGGACGAAGCGGAGGACAAAGUGAACGACCUGAGACAGGACUCCGACGACGAGGCGGCGGCGCAGAGGAAGCGGGAGGAUCCGAGCCUCUGGGAGAAGGAGCGGCUAGCCCGCAAAGCAGGUCUCCAUUCGGCCCUGGUGAUCCUCCCUGAGGUUGGCAUUGACGUGGAGACAGCCAUCGUGGGCUUCGUGAAUGCUUUCGGCCAGAUCCCCGAAGAAGGUGAGCCGGUUGACAUGAGACAAGUCUUCAAAAGUUGCUUGAAGAUCCAGCACAACCAAAGCAGGUAUGAGAAAGGGAGUUUCAACUACGACAAGGAUCAGAAGAUUUUUGAACACAAAGCUAUCGUCGAGAACUUGAUCGCAACCCACAAGCCUUCUUUUAUCCUGCUGGCGGUCACGGAUCCGGAAAUCAUGCGCUUGAAGGCUUCCCUGGAAAAUUUGCUUAACCGCGAGCAGAAGAUCCUGGCAAACCUGAAAGUGUUGCCGAAGAUCAAAUUCGUGGACCCCACUGUGCCACGUGCAGUCGCCUAUCACAAGCGUGUGCUGGAGUCCCCUGCCUACCGCGACUUCCCGACGCCAGCGCAUCGAAUCGCCAUCAGCUGCGCCCGAUUCUUCCAGGAUCCAUUGGCGGAGACCUGCCAGCUCUGGCAUGAGCUCCCUGAUGAGAAUGGUCUCUUCAAAGUCAACUUGCACCACCUUCAGCACGAUGUCCCGCGGGAGUUGUUUGGGCGCACCAUCACGCAGACCCUUCAAGAAGUCUUUGCCAAGUGCGGCUUGUACAUCAACAAGGUACGUCGGUCUCCUCAUCUUGAGAGCUUGAUCCAGUUCGUUCCGGG